AUGAAAAUGUCGCUGGAGCGUAAAGCACGUGAUGCGGAAUUUUGGGCGCAUCGCAUAAUGCAGGAAACCGAACGGCACAAUUAUGAUUCGUACAUAUGCCGUGCGCAUCUGUACGAUUUGGAGCGAGGCUGGACACAGGAUUGGGGACUACCAGCAUGCGGCCUGCCAGUUACUCCACGAUAUAUGAGCCAUCAGCGUCUGUUGUCGUCGUCAAGCUGCGGGGAAGGUAACGGUUAUGUGCAGUAUCCGGAUGACGAAGCCAGCUAUGCAGCAGCCAUUGCACCACUGGUCAAAGCCCAAUCACCGUCAUUAUCGCUAUCGCCUUUUUUGCGAAAACCAACCGGCAUAAACUAUCCGCCUCCUGAUCCAUCCAGUAAUCAGAUGAUCCCUACUGAUCUUGUGGCAUUGCGAUCGGAAAUCGAGAAAUCCAGAGCUGAUUAUAACGAGAAGAAAAAGAGCCUGCAGGAGAAGAUGAACGAAUUUCGAAAUGAAAUUGAAAGUCUGAAAGUUGAAGAGCGGCAGUCGGAGCACGAUCGAAUUCAUGCUGCCAAUGUGCAAUUGGGUAUUGAUAAAUACUCAACACUUCGAAAGUCAUCGGCAGAAUUGCAUACAUUCCACGGUCACAAGGUGAUUUACGUUUUGAGCAAAAAAUCAAGCUUGUUUGCUGUGUGUUGUGCGAUUGAAUAACA